GGUGGGAUGGAGCUGCGGGCGCAGCUGACCGGGCGCGACGGACAGGAGUGGCCGCUUCGCGUGCGCUGCCAGCCUGAGGCCGGCGCCGGCGGGGAGCUCCGGGGGCUGCUGCGCGGCCUGUCCCAGCUGCAGGAGCAGAUCUCGGCGCUGCUCGCGCCCCUAGUGGAGCAAGAGCGCGGGGGGCUCGCGGGGACGGGGACCGCAGCGGGGUCGCUGGGUGAUGUUGGGGAGGAAGAGGCGGAGGAGGAAGAUGAAGAAGAAAACACUGAUGUCAAAACAUGUGUGGAUGGACCACCUUUAAAACGGACAAAAAGUCAGCACUCCUAACUAUUGACUUAAAAGCUAUUUAAUUUUUAAAAAAAAGACUUUUCUGCUGUUGCAAAUGUUAGUGUUUAUAUUGCACUGUUGUACCUCUGGAAGAAACUAUUUUUGGAAACUAGACAACUGCAUUUGUGUUCCUUUUGGUUAAGUUUUAGAAGGAAAAUGCCUUUUUCUUUUUCUGGUAUUUAAUGUUACUAAUAAAAUACCUGACAAAAAGAGA